AUGAAAGACGGACCAAGUUCAGAAGUUCCGUGCCCUGAAGCUAUAGAGUUUUACAAUAAGUAUAUGGGCGGCGUGGACCAUGCCGAUCAAAUGGUUUCUCUAUAUGAUAUCAACAGAAAAUUUGCGAAGUGGUGGCGAAAAGUCUAUUAUAAAUCUCUUAUGAUGGCGGUUCAUAAUUCUUUUAUACUAUUCAGAGAAACACAUCAAAAAAAUACUACCUUCAUCCAAUACGUCGUAAAACAGUUACUGAUUGCUCAUGGUAGAAAAGGUGUGAAACGUAAAAGGACCAGAAAAGUUGGCCGACAUUCACAACCAUGCACGGAUCUAAGUAAUGUUGGUGAUCAUUUAUCUAAGACAAGACAAGAAGAAGGUGCUGUCGCUUCUCUCGAAGAAAAAAUUGAAAAGAGAACCAAACUCUUGUCCAGGAUGUGUGAUUUUCCAUUAUGCGUAGAUUGA